AUGAACAUCGCAGAUCCAUUAUCACGACUGUGCAUAAUCUCAGAUUGCAAAAAGACCAGUGACGACGAACAUGUCAACCAGAUUGUAGAAAAUGCUAAACCAUGCGCGAUUUCUAUGGCCAAAAUUAAAAUGCAUUCAGAGCAAGAUUCGGAAAUACGUAAAGUAAAAGUUCUAGACGCAGCACACGAAGGUCACCCUGGGAUUGUCGGCAUGAAAAGACGGUUACGGACCAAAGAAUGGUGGCCAAAGAUAGACAAGGAUUCUGGAUGCCCGGUAAAGAGUUGUAAGGGCUGUACUUUAGUAGAAUUACCAAAUCAACGUUGGGAACUCCUAGAUGCACCUUGA